AAGAACAAAAUAAUUUUUACCCCACACUUCACACUUGCAUGAAUCUGCUUCUGCAGCGUUCCUUCUUCUUAUCCCUAUAAAACCAGGUACCACCUUACCACAUUCAUCCACUCAUUAAUGCAGUACCUACAUAAUUAUAUUCACCAGUAAGACCAUUUUCCGCCAUGAAAAACCUUCUUCUCCUCCUAAUCACCUCCACCAUCUUCGCCGUCGGCACUUGCGGCGGUCCCCUUAUUAUGCGCCUCUAUUAUCUCCAAGGCGGCAAACGUCUCUGGUUCACGAGCUGGCUCGAAAUUGGUGGUUUUCCGAUCAUCAUCUUCCCUCUCACCGUCGCUUAUUUUCGUCGCCGGAAAAACCAACCUCCGAUCUCAUCAUCUCCGUCGCAGAAAACCCAUUUCUUCACCAUUAAACCUCGUCUCUUCAUGGCCUCUGCCGGUAUAGGAAUCUUGACUGGUCUCGACUGUUACCUCUACUCCUAUGGUGUUUCGAAACUCCCCGUUUCGACUUCUUCUCUGAUCGUGGCUACCCAGUUGGUGUUCACCGCCAUGUUUGCUUUCCUGCUGGUGAAGCAGAAGUUUACUUUUUACUCUGUUAACGCGGUGGCGUUGUUGACUGUGGCAACGGGGGUUUUAGCCAUGCAUACGAACAGUGACAAGCCGAAGAAUGUGUCGAACAGAGGAUAUAUAUUAGGGUUUUUGAUGACGCUAGCUGCUUCGGUGUUGUAUGGUUUGAUGAUGCCAUUGGUGGAGUUGGCUUACAUGAAAGCUCGACAGAAAAUCACUUUUGCUCUUGUUCUGGAGACGCAGUUGGUUAUGUGCCUUUUCGCAACUGGUUUUUGCACUGUGGGGAUGCUGGCUAACAAUGAUUUCAAGGCAGUCGCAAGAGAAGCAAAAGAGUCACAUAUGGGAGAAGCAAAAUACUAUUUGGUGGCAGUGUUCAGUGCAAUAUUGUGGCAGUUCAACUUUUUAGGGGCCAUAGGAGUGGUGUUUUGUGCCUCUUCUUUGGUGUCUGGUAUCGUGCUGGCAAUUUUACUUCCCAUAUCAGAAGUUUUGGCUGUUAUUUUCUACCAUGAGAAUUUUCAAGCUGAUAAGGGAGUUUCUCUUAUACUAUCACUCUUGGGUUUUGUCUCUUAUUUUUAUGGUGAGAUGAAAGAGAUGAAGAACCAAAUUAAAACUCCUAAAUCAGACCCUCAGCAAGAAACUUCAAAAGUUGAGCCCCAACCAAAAUCAUCACAAACUGAGAUGCAAGAACUUCCUAAUGUAUAAAGAAAUACCACCCUAAUUGAGAGACUUAUUAUUAUAAGUUAAAAGAUUUUUCUGCAGCAUAUGCUUAGUGAAAUUUUAAAAAUUAUAUUAAUGAUACCCAAUAAUCUUUGUUGUAUACAAACUAUCAAAUAUAUUUGAAUUU